AUGGUAAAGAAGGCUUGCGCUCAAGCGAAUUACAAGCUGGGAUUGCUGGACAUGGCGAAGAAGGAGGCAAUCUGCCGCGCGUGUCAGGAGCUGAUCGACCCCUUUGACACCGAGCUCGGGGACAACAAAGGGACAGAGAUGCGAGAAAACUUUCUUGUGGACAUGAUUCAAGGUGGAGCCGGAACGUCCACCAAUAUGAACGCCAACGAGGUCAUUGCCAACAGAGCCCUGGAGUUGCUCGGGAAGGAGCGUGGCCAAUACGAGUUCUGCAGUCCAAACGACGAUGUCAACAAAGGCCAGUCCACCAACGACUCGUACCCCACUUCCGCGAAGCUCGCUUGUAUUCUGAUGCAUUCGGAACUGUUGACUGCCAUCAAGAACCUGAGCAAAGCAUUCUUUGACAAGGCCCGAGAAUUCUCCGACGUCGUGAAGAUGGGCCGGACGCAGCUCCAAGAUGCGGUCCCCAUGACUUUGGGACAGGAGUUUCAGGCCUACGGGAACAGUGUGGCCAGCGAUAUCGAGGCGUUGAGCAACGCUACGAAUCGGUUUUGUACCUCCAAUCUUGGCGGCACGGCCAUCGGCACGGGGAUCGCUGCAGACCCGCACUUUUCGCAGAUCGCCGUCCAGGAGCUGCGGACGGUCACCGGCUUUCCCAUGGUUCUGGCGGAUGAUCUUAUCGAAGCUUCGAGCAGCGUAGGUGACAUGAUCUACUUCUCUGGCAUGUUGCGUCGCAUCGCCGCCAAGGUUUCCAAGAUUUGCAACGACCUCCGGCUGUUGUCUUCAGGCCCGCGCUGUGGACUGGCAGAGAUCAAUCUGCCACCGAAGGCCCCAGGUUCCUCGAUCAUGCCGGGAAAGGUCAACCCCGUCAUUCCGGAGGUGAUGAACAUGUGUGCCUUCGAGGCCAUCGGCAACGACGUGACCGUGGCAUUUGGAGCAGAGGCUGGUCAGCUCGAGCUGAAUGUCAUGGAGCCAGUCAUCAUAUACAAGCUCUUCAGUACGCUGAGGGUGCUUGGGCGAGGCAUCAACACUCUCCGAAGCCACUGCAUCGAGGGGAUCACUGCCAACAAAGAGCACUGCAAGGACAUGGUCUAUAACAGUGUUGGGGUCGUCACGGCCCUGCUCCCGCACAUUGGCUACAAGAAGUGCACGGAAGCAGCCGCCAUGGCUGUGAAGGACAAGCGCCCAGUCGCGGACAUCAUUGUGGAGCUCGGUUUCUUGAAGCGUGAGGAAGUUGAACAGCUGCUACAGCCUGAGUCCAUGUGUGGACCUACCGCGAAGAAGUCUCGGACACAAUGA